CAUCAUUGCUCCAUAUAUAUACCAUUUCAGGUGCUUUUGAAAAUGGAGGAAAUUUUCGAUAGUUCAGGACCUAAACAUCUCGAGGGUAUUGUUGACUGGAAAAAUGCAGAUCACCGGAGAUCUGUCACUGCCAGCUUGGUUCAAGGAGUAUACGUCCUAGAAACUGACCGCCAAAGGAAAAUGACAAUCAGCAAAAAUCCCAUAAAUUAUGCUCAACCCUGGUGGGUCUCCUUCAAUUUCCAAUUACAUAAAUAUCUAACAAAAGAUGAUGGGUGCAUAUUCGGUGCCAUUUACGAAUACAUUAAUGGCAAAUGCCCAGCCCCAGCCGAUUCAAACGUCCCAAGAUAUGUUAUUGCGUUUCGGGGCACAUUAAUCCUAAGGCUAAGGGACCUCAAGUUAAACCUGAAAUUCUUCAUUAACGAACUUAAAGAGUCCCAUCGCUCUCAACUUGCAAUGCGGUGUGUUGAAAACUUUGUUGACUCGAAUGGAAGUUCAAAUGUAUGGUUGGCUGGACACUCUCUGGGGUCAGCAAUAGCAUUAAUCGUUGGAAGGAACAUGAUGUUAAAGAAGAAUUGUUCUCUUGAAGCCUAUCUUUUUAAUCCACCAUACGCAUCUCUCCACAUGGAGAAUUUUUGUACUAGUAUGGAUGAAGACGUGAAGCACCUGGUCCGCACUGUACGUGGUAUAAUCAAGAAAGCCCUCGCCAUUGCUGUAGAAGCUCGAAUUAAUCCUUAAAUGAAGGAGCAGAAGGCUGAGACUUUUUAUUUGUUAUCACGCUGGACUCCUCACCUGUUUGUGCACCCGGAUGAUUUUUUUUUUUGCUCAGAUUAUAUUGCACACUUCAAAGACAGGCGUGAAACAGCUCCAGAAACGAAGACGCCCAGCUUGGCAAAGAGCUGUACUACGAGAGAUCUAUUCAAACAUGCAAUGGGCCGGGGAGAUUUAAAAGAUGCAAUGCAUCUCCUUCCUUCUGCCGUUCUAAUUGUCAAUCAAUCUCGCCCACACGAAGAACCUACCGCUAAUGAUUGAAUAAAUAUUUUUCGUAACGCUCAUAGACUUUGCCAGUGGUGGGAUCGUGAAGUUCGCUGCCAAUCAACUCUAUGUGUGUAUCCAUAACGUC